CCUGGAGUACAAAGUGCCGGACAAAAAAGAGGGGCCCUGAUUGGCCGGUGUCAAGUAUCCGCCCAUCUCGAAAUGUCCGAAUUACGUAGCUCCAGGGUCCAUCCGUCCAACCUAACCAAUCUCUCUUCUUCUGCCUUCAUACUGUAACCGCCGUCCGUCCACCACCAAUUUUCAGAUGCCAGUGUCAAUUGGGAGCAUCCCGCCGACCCUCCGCUACCUUCGUUACUAGAUCACCCAUCCCGCAGCCCUUCUGAAGCAUGGCACGGUGAAUUGUUACUUUACCCUCUUCUCCUGCCCCCACGGCCUUACCGCUACACCACAGCAGGUAGCCACCUCCCCCUGCCUUGCCGGCCUGCCAACCUAGCCCAUCCCCCCAACACAGAAUACACCACCAUGGCGAGCAAGUCCCGCUGGGCAGACACGGAGGAGGAUACCGCACUUGAAGCUAAGCUUAGGCUCGAGAAAGAAGAGAAGAAACGUCUCAAGGCUGAGAAGGCGCGGAAGGCCGAAGAAGAGCAACGCGCCCGCGCGGCCACCGAGGCGGCUAAGCAACGAGCCACCUACGAGCAACAGAACCGAGACCUAGAUGACCCCAACGAUAUACCACCCGCGAAGAGACGAAAAUUAACACCGGAAUUAAGCCAAGGUCGAGAGGCAACUGGAAUACCGAAGCAAGUCAUUCUCAGAAACGGAAGCGAUGAUGAUAGCACGGAGGGCGGUGCGAAACUCUUACGCUUCGAGAGCGGCGGCUGGAGCAAGUCCCGUAGCGUCGAGAACUACGAGAAGCUAAACGACAUCGAGGAGGGUGCCUACGGCUUGGUAUCGCGCGCGAGAGAGUCGAAGACAGGCAAGGUGGUGGCCCUCAAGCGCCUCAAGCUCGACUCGAUCGACCGCAACGGCUUUCCCGAGACCGCCUUGCGCGAAAUCCAGAUCCUCAAAGACUGCUCACACCGCAACAUCGUCAAUCUACACGAGGUCGUUGUCAGCGAAAGUAGCGACGACGACAAUAAUUACAACAGCAAGAAUGCACCGACGCGCCACCACCCCCGACGCCGACCCGGCCUUAAAAACGUCUUCCUAGUGCUCGAGUUCCUCGAGCACGACCUCAUGUCCGUCCUCGGGGACAUGCCCGAACCCUUCCUAAUCUCCGAGAUCAAGGCGCUGCUGCACCAGCUCGCUUCGGGCGUCGGCUACCUGCACGACCACUGGAUCCUGCACCGCGACCUCAAGACGUCGAACCUACUGCUCAACAACCGUGGCCAGCUCAAGAUCGCCGACUUCGGCAUGGCCCGCUACGUCGGGGACCCGCCGCCCCAUCUCACCCAGCUCGUCGUCACGCUCUGGUACCGCGCGCCGGAGCUGCUGCUCGGCGCUCGCGAGUACGGCAGCGCCGUCGACAUGUGGAGCGUCGGCUGCAUCUUCGCCGAGCUGAUCACGCGGGAGCCGCUGCUCCAGGGUAAGAACGAGGUUGACGAACUCUCCCGCAUCUUCGAGCUCUGCGGCCUGCCGACCGAAGACACGUGGCCCGGCUUCCGCCGGCUGCCGAACGCGCGGUCGCUGCGCCUGCCCAAGACCACGGCCGCCAACACUGGCUCCGUCGUGCGCGCCCGCUUCCCGACCCUCACCAACGCCGGCGCCGCGCUCCUCGCCGCCCUGCUCUCCCUCGACCCGGACCGCCGCCCCUCGGCCCGCCAGGUCCUCGACCAUGAGUUCUUCCGCCAGGACCCCAAGCCCAAGCACGAGGACAUGUUCCCCACCUUCCCCUCCAAGGCCGGCCAGGAGCGCCGCCGUAGGAGGUCGACGCCCAACGCACCCGGCCGCGGCCAGCAGGCUGUCGACCUCGGCCCCGUCGACCUCAGCGGCAUCUUCGCCGCCCGCGAGAGAGAGGAGAGAGGCGCCGGCUUCUCCCUGCGCAUGGUGUGACCGGCCCCGCGCCCCUAGGUAAAAUAAACAAACUGUAAAUUACCCACCGAUACUACGAUCGCCCAGCGGGACACGAGCACAAGGCAGGCUCGGAGGCGCGCGGUUGGGAAGAGACAUGCACACAAAGAUCACUCCGAGU